UUUAGUGGCGAUUUAGCCAUCUACAGCAACAGACGUGUGCGCGAUUUCAAAUACGGAUUUCGAAACGGACAACAAAAAAUAACGAAAAUAACGAUUUUUAUGUUUUGAUUUGAUUUAAAAAAAAAAAAAACAAAUGUAUUGUAACGCUCUACUCAUCAUCAGCCUAAUGACGUUUUAACAUCCCCCACAUUUUUGGCGUUUAGUUUGCAAAAACAAAAAAAAAAACUCAAAAAAUUUAUUUUCCAUUUUUACAAUUUUUUUGUUUGUUUAUUUUUGGUGCUCUCUAUUUUUGUUGUUAUACUCGGUUUAUUGGCCUGCAUAUUGCAGUAGUGUUUGUUGUUGUUAUUGCUGCUGCUACUGCUUCUGUGGAUGUUGCAAAUGAAAAGCUUAUCAAAGUGUUAUGUUUGUUGUAACAAUGAAAUGUUUGUCGCUCGGUCGUUGUUUCAGCUUGGCAGCGUCAACUUGGGCUGUGCAAUAAAAUUAAACGUGCUCUAAAAUAAAUUACAUUACAAUAACAACACUAUAGCAAUAAACAUAAACAACAACAACAACAAGAGGCUUACAUUGACAAUGUCGAUUGAAGACGAAAUGCUUUAAUCUCUGAUUGCCGUGUAACAUUUUGAAGUGUACUUAAAUCGAAGUUUCAAAAUCGCUGUGUCAGAGAAAACACCGGACAGACAAAACAGACUUUGUGGGCUGCCAAGAAGAGGCCUGAAUUUUGGUUUUGAGCUGCCGGCUGCCGGAGUUAACAAAACUGCGUUUAUUUUAAUCACCACCGUUUGUGGAGUUUUUGUUUUGUUUUUUUGUUAUUGUUUCCCUCAUGUGAGAGUGUUGUUCAUGUGUAUGGGUGUUUAAUGCGUAUGUUGUUUGUGUAAUUAAUGUGUAACGGAAGUGCUUGAAAGUGGAGUUUUCAAAACUUAAUAUUGGAGCAAAUAUUUCGCCCGUUCGAUUUCCUUAAUUAAAAAAAAAAAUAAAAUAAAAACGAAAAAUACUACAAAUUACCAAAAAUUUCCCCUAAGAAAAAGAAAAAGAGAAAUUAAAAAAUUUUAAAGAAAAAAUUCGUUUUUUUUUCUAAAUUUUCUUUGUUGCCUGUUUUCAAUUUUCCUUUAAAAAUGAAUUCCAACUAUUGGAGAAGGCUAUUGGCAGUGUGGGCGCUGCUAAUAUGCACAGUGUAUUUGGAAAUUCCCCGCGUAACUGCCUCCGAUCAGUAUCACAUACAAACCGAUGAAGGUCCGGAAAGAUAUUUCCGCUUUCAAACGAAUAAUGGACAAUUUCGAAAAGAAAAAAGGCUACAAGAUGGCACUGUCAUAGGCACCGAGGCCUGGAUAGAUGCGGCGGGUUAUCUACGCCUCAAAGACUAUAUAGCCGAUAAACAGGGUUAUCGAAUUUUAAAGAACAAAGUCCUUUAUGUGGGUCAAGGCACAGCAAUUGAGGAUGCCAUAAAGAGUACGAAAUCGAUACCCGCUCAAUCCGGAAUCUUAGUCGAUGGUAAAAAUGGACUACAUGGCAGCAGUCGGGCGAACAGUAUAUCCAGUGAUAGCUCAAGUGGCCGUCUAUAUGUUCCGGUUCGCCAAAUCCCUGCUCCCACAGCGGUGCCCACCACAACGGAAAAGCCCAUACUUGGAUAUAUCUCACCAGCAGAGGCGGGUAAACUUGAUCAGACACCCUACCUAGGCUUUGAUCAUUAUCCCAAUGAAAAGCCCAGUGAAGAUCAUAAUAGUUCCCAUGAAGGUGAUCAGCUUUCACCACAAAAUCCUUUGAUAGUAGUGCCCUCAAUAGAAAUGGCACCCCCAGUGGAGAGUAGACGUCGAAGACCCAUAAGACCUAUUGCCAUAGCACCCAUCAAUCCCGCUCCCAUAUCGGCCAAUGAUGUGGGAAGAAGUGCCGAAUCGGGCUAUCAUUAUUCUACGCCAGCACCAUUUGUUACAGCUGCCCCCAAAGCGGGUUACUAUUAUGGUCCAGCCUCUGUUUCUCAAUCCCACAACCAUCCUCCACAAUCUUUGCCCUACGAUGUCAAUGCCCUGGAAGGAGGUUUAUUGCCACCCUUACCCCCACUUUAUCAACGAAGACGUGUGCCGGUGGCUCAAGGUGGAUAUGGUACACGUCUUGUUGCUCCCGAAUACAACGAUGUCACAGUGACGCGUAAUGGUUUCCGUUAUGUUCUACCUCACCAGUAUCAUGAAGAAGAACAACUGAAUGAGAGUAAAAAAGCCGGCAGUUUUGGUUAUGUGGAUCCCUUUGGUAUACGACGAGUGGUCUAUUACAAUGCCUCGCCGCAAAAGGGUUUCAUACAUCGAAAUCAUAAUCAAUAUGUGGGCUUGGGUGCUACUCCCUAUGAUGAGCCACAGCCGCAAGCGGAAGCGCAGACGCAGAGUGAAGUGUAAAGUUAGCUGUUAAGAGUAGAAAAACACAAAAACGAUACCAUUAAGGUUCAUUUGUAACCAUCACGCUCCAUCUUCACUAAUCUUGCUACAACCCUCUACCUUUACGAUAGUUGACUAACACAUAAUAACACCAGGCCUUGAGUAGCUAAAUGUACUAACUGCAUUAAAAAUGUUAGAAGACUUGGCUGUCAAGGCCCUUUUUAACUUUUACUAACUAUUAAAACACUUGAUUUUUGAAGAAGGCCAAAUAGGAAUACCUUAUAUAAAAAAUGGGGGGCAUAAUUGGUUGUGAAGUUGAAAAUAGUUUGGAGAGGAAGAAAACAUAAAUGUUUAUUGAAAUUUUCCUUUAAGGGCGGUACGCACCUCAAACAACAUUUUCUUUGCCAUAAGAAAUGCAAAGCACAGAACUUUAAAAAGUUGAGCAAGUGUGAGUUGUUAUCCAAAACACUAUGACCGGCUAGUGUAUCAUGAUUUCUGUUACGCCAUGCAACUUCAUCAGCACUUUGGCAAAUUGGAUUAAGGUGUCCUACAUACCCAUAGACUAUUGAGAACGCUGUAGAGCAUGCUUUUGUUUUGAAAAAGGUCUCAGUUAGUUCUUCAACUCUCCUUAGCGCAGCAUUGGCAUAUCAUUGGCAUAA